AAAGGCUGCUUGCUUCCAGCUUGGCUUGAAAGUGCAACCUUAAUAAAACUCACUGAAGUCUGAGAGAAAAUAGCAGUUCUGCAGCAGAUAGUGUAGGGGAAAGAGACUGGGAUAUGCAUAUGCAGCUGACUAAAGCAGGCUACAUGCUGGACUGUAACAGAGAGGAAACAAUAAAUCUUAACUACUAUGCAAUAAAUAUUCCCAAUUUUAACUAAGGAAGCUAUCCUCAUAGUAAAAUUUAAAAAAUAACAGUUUAUCCAAGCUUGAUUACUAAAGUGCGCUUCUCCAGUCCUUUUUCCAAAGACUUUAAGGGAAAUUAACAACAAAUUUAAAGAAAGAGGAAGAAAAAGUUUUUCUUAACGUAGGAAAGGAAAGUAAUAAUAACAUGUCAGUUUUCCUUUCCCUUGCUUUCCUGGCAGCGAUUCUUGCUCAUAUAGGCUGUAAUACCCAGCGUCGGGUUCCAGAAGCCAGUGGGAGAAGAUUUAACCGGAUCCAGCAUGGGCAGUGCACCUAUACUUUCAUUCUGCCAGAACAGGACGGGAACUGUCGUGAAAGCACGACAGACCAGUACAGCACAAAUGCUCUUCAGAGAGAUGCUCCUCACGUGGAACAGGAUUUCUCUUCCCAGAAACUGCAACAUCUGGAACAUGUGAUGGAAAAUUACACUCAGUGGCUGCAAAAACUUGAGAACUACAUUGUGGAAAACAUGAAAUCGGAGAUGGUGCAGCUGCAGCAGAAUGCUGUGCAGAACCACACCGCCACCAUGCUCGAGAUAGGGACCAGCCUCCUCAGCCAGACAGCAGAGCAAACGAGAAAACUCACGGAUGUUGAAACCCAGGUGCUAAAUCAAACAUCCAGACUUGAAAUUCAGCUACUGGAAAAUUCACUGUCAACGUACAAGCUAGAAAAACAGCUUCUACAACAGACACAUGAAAUCCUGAAAAUUCAUGAGAAAAACAGUUUACUUGAGCACAGAAUUUUAGAAAUGGAAGAAAGGCAUAAAGAGGAGCUGGACACUUUGAAGGAGGAAAAAGAGAACCUACAAAGCUUGGUCACACGACAAAGCUACGUAAUCCAGGAAUUAGAGAAGCAGUUAAACAAGGCAACAAGCAAUAACAGUGUCCUGCAGAAACAGCAGCUUGAACUGAUGGAUACAGUUCACACUCUGAUCACCCUCUGUUCCAAGGAAGGAGUUUUACUAAAGAAUGCAAAAAAGGAAGAAGAAAAGCCUUUCAGAGACUGUGCAGAUGUAUACCAAGCUGGUUUUAACAAAAGCGGGGUCUACACUAUUUAUAUUAACAAUGUGUCAGAUCCUAAAAAGGUUUUUUGCAAUAUGGAAAUUGCUGGAGGAGGAUGGACAGUUAUACAGCACCGAGAAGAUGGGAGUCUGGAUUUUCAAAAAAGCUGGAAAGAAUACAAAAUGGGUUUUGGUAGCCCGUCAGGUGAACAUUGGCUGGGAAAUGAAUUUAUCUUUGCAAUAACAAGUCAGAGGCAAUAUUCUCUAAGAAUUGAAUUAAUGGACUGGGAAGGAAACCGGGCAUAUUCACAGUAUGACAGAUUUCACAUAGGAAAUGAAAAGCAGAAUUACAGGCUUUAUUUAAAAGGUCAUAGUGGAACAGCUGGAAAACAGAGUAGCCUGAUCUUACAUGGUGCUGAAUUCAGUACAAAAGACGCUGACAAUGACAACUGCAUGUGUAAAUGUGCUCUUAUGUUGACUGGAGGGUGGUGGUUUGAUGCCUGCGGCCCCUCCAAUCUCAAUGGGAUGUUCUACACAGCUGGGCAAAACCACGGAAAGCUCAACGGCAUCAAAUGGCAUUAUUUCAAAGGCCCCAGCUACUCCUUGCGCUCCACCACCAUGAUGAUUCGGCCCUUGGACUUUUAAAAGCAUUCAUCGGUGGAUCCCAGAACAAACCAGGACAACACUGCCCUCAGCAGCACCACUAUCACAGUCUGAAGGUAAAAGGUGAAGGGCUUCUUGAAAGCAACAUAUAGGGAUGAUGCAAAGUCUCUUCAUUAUCCUUCCAUAACCUGCAAAAUGCUCCAACAGUCAGUCUGCAUUUUGAUGACUUGGGGAGGCUUGGUUUAGAAAAAGGUGGCUGCAAUGAUUUUCCAGAGAAGAACAACUGGAUCUGGUUAUUCUGCUCAACUCUGGUGUUUGUCAGUGGAUGUCUUUUUUUUUUUUUUUUUUUUUUUUU